AUGAAGUCCGUUUUUGUGCUCGCUCUUGCGGCCCUCUUCAGCUCAAGCGACGCUGACACCACCUCUGAUUUGCAGACGAAUGUACUAAAAGCUAUCAACGAUAAGCGCAGCGAGAAGGGUCUGGCGAAUCUAUGCGUCAACACCAAGUUAGUGGCUUCUGCCCAGGCCCACGCGGAUGAUAUGGCUGCUCAUAACCUUGUCAGCGCUCGAGGCUCGGACGGGCUCGAUCAAGUAGAUCGACUUAAGGCGCAACAUUUUAACUAUACUGCCGCCGCCACGCUGGUUGGGGCAGGUUACAACACGUGGGACGGCAUGGUGGAGGUCUGGAUCGCAAAUCCAGGCCAAUACAUCUUUGGCAGUUAUUCUUACAUGGGUGUCGGGCACACGGAAAACGAUGCACAGCAGUAUAAAAAUUACUGGACACUUGACCUUGCAGCCGGUGUUGGCGAGUCCUGCACUCAGAAUCCUCCGCACUAG